GCGCUCUCCCAGGAUGCCCUGGGCGCGCGGGCGGCGGGCGCCCAAGUCCGCUGGCGGAGGUGUCGGCUCCGGAGCUGAGCCUAGCGAGGCGGUCACCGCGGCUGAGGCUGCUGGACGUGGAGCAGGUGCGGCGAGGGCCCAGCUGUUGCAGACCCGUCCGCCAUGAAGCCCCCAGCAGCCUGUGCAGGGGACGUCCUGGACGCGGUGUCCCCGUGCUCCCCCACUGUGAACCACCUGAGGUGGGACCUGAGUGCACCGCAGAUCGAGGCGCUCACCAAGGAGCUCAUCGAGCAGACAAAGCGCGUGUACGACCAGGUGGGCGCGCAGGAGUUUGAGGACGUGUCCUACGAGAGCACACUCAAGGCCCUGGCGGACGUGGAGGUGACCUACACGGUACAGAGGAACAUCCUUGACUUCCCGCAGCAUGUGUCCCCGUCCAAGGAUAUCCGCGUGGCCAGCACAGAGGCUGACAAAAAGCUCUCCGAGUUCGACGUGGAGAUGAGCAUGCGGCAGGACGUGUACCAGAGGAUUGUCUGGCUGCAGGAGAAGGUGCAGAAGGACUCCCUGAGGCCUGAGGCUGCGCGGUACCUGGAGCGGCUCAUCAAGUUGGGCCGCAGGAACGGGCUCCACCUGCCCAAGGAGACUCAGGAUAAAAUCAAGAGCAUCAAGAAGAAGCUGGGCCUGCUGUGCAUCGACUUCAACAAGAACCUGAACGAGGACACCACCUUCCUGCCCUUCACGCGCGAGGAGCUGGGGGGGCUCCCCGAGGACUUCGUGAACGCGCUGGAGAAGACAGAGGACGGCAAGCUGAAGGUCACGCUCAAGUACCCGCAUUACUUCCCGCUCCUGAAGAAGUGCCAUGUGCCGGAGACCAGGAGGAAGGUGGAGGCGGCCUUCAACUCCCGGUGCAAAGAGGAGAACUGCGCCAUCCUCAAGGAGCUGGUGGCACUGCGGGCGCAGAAGUGCGGCCUGCUGGGCUUCAGCACCCAUGCCGACUAUGUCCUGGAGAUGAACAUGGCCAAGACCAGCCAGGCUGUGGCCACCUUCCUGGAUGAGCUGGCGCAGAAGCUGAAGCCCCUGGGUGAGCAGGAGCGCGCCGUGAUUCUGGAGCUGAAGGAGGCGGAGUGCGCACGCCGGGGGCUGCCCUUUGAUGGCCGCAUCCACGCGUGGGACAUGCGCUACUACAUGAACCAGGUGGAGGAGACACGUUACCGCGUGGACCAGAACCUGCUCAAGGAGUACUUCCCCAUGCAAGUGGUCACCCGCGGGCUGCUGGGCAUCUACCAGGAGCUCCUGGGCCUCACCUUCCAGCUGGAGGAGGGGGCCGCCGUGUGGCACGAGGAUGUGCGGCUCUACUCGGUGCGCGACACGGCCUCGGGCGAGCUCAUUGGCCAGUUCUACCUGGACCUCUACCCCAGGGAAGGCAAGUACGGCCACGCGGCCUGCUUCGGCCUGCAGCCCGGCUGCCUGCAACAGGACGGCAGCCGCCAGAUCGCCGUGGCAGCCAUGGUGGCCAACUUCACCAAGCCCACGCCGGACGCCCCGUCGCUCCUGCAGCACGACGAGGUGGAGACCUACUUCCAUGAGUUCGGGCACGUGAUGCACCAGCUCUGCUCGCAGGCUGAGUUCGCCAUGUUCAGUGGGACCCACGUGGAGCGUGACUUCGUGGAAGCGCCAUCACAGAUGCUGGAGAACUGGGUGUGGGAGAAGGAGCCGCUGCUGCGCAUGUCCCAGCACUACCGCUCAGGCUGCGCUGUGCCCCAGGAGCUGCUGGACAAGCUCAUCCAGUCUCGCCAGGCCAACACUGGGCUCUUCAACCUGCGCCAGAUCGUGCUGGCCAAGGUGGACCAGGCCCUGCACACACGCGCGGCUGCCGACCCGGCCGAGGAGUACGCGCGGCUCUGCCAGGAUGUCCUUGGGGUCCCUGCUACGCCAGGGACCAACAUGCCAGCCACCUUCGGCCACCUGGCAGGCGGCUAUGACGCCCAGUACUACGGCUACCUGUGGAGCGAGGUGUUCUCCAUGGACAUGUUCCACACGCGCUUCAAGCAGGAGGGUGUACUGAGCCCCAAGGUGGGCAUGGACUACAGGACCACUAUCCUGAGGCCGGGUGGUUCUGAGGACGCCAGCGCCAUGCUGAAGCUCUUCCUGGGCCGUGAACCCAGGCAGGACGCCUUCCUCCUGAGCAAGGGGCUGCAGGUGGAGGCCAGCGACUCGGCCGCCUGCUGACGCUGGAGCCACGGCCCCGUGCCCGCCCUCGCCCUGUGCCUUAGCCCCAGCCCGACGGUGGCUGACGGCAUGGCGCUUCGGGCCAAGAGUGAGCGCCAGGAACUCUUCGUCUCUGUCACUGUCCCUCCAGCUCUGGUCCACGGGGCCAGCUGGGGCCAGCUGGGUGGAGAGAACUUGCCCCGAGGGCCUGUUUCCUUUGCACUAGCCUCCCUCUGGGCGGCACCUGUUGUACGAGGUGGUUCUGCAAGACACGGCCAGUAAACACUUGAAACAGC